CGUCGAAUAUACGAACUAUUGUUUGAUUUUAGGAACAGAAAUGUAUAAACAGUACAAACUAGUCGAUUCGCAUCAAGUACUGUGAUAUAUCUAAGGCAUCGAUGGCUUGGAUUUGUUGUGCAUGUUCUUUAUAAUAAUUUUGAGGAUAAAGAAUUCAAAGUUUAGAUUCUUGAUAAAGAUUUUUUUCACAUCUCUACAUAUAUACAACGUCGUAAUGGCUGAAAGCCGUGAGGUGAUUUUAGCUGAUUUUCAGGCUUGUACAGGAAUUGAUGAUGUCGGGGAAGCAAUUCUAUAUUUGGAAGAAACAAAUUGGGACUUAUUGGCAGCGGUAAAUCAAGCAAUGCCGCGUGGUACUCAACAACUUCCAUUUGAUAUGGGUCCUGAAGUAGAAAUGAUAGAAGAAAUAGGAAAUAUACCUCAGUCGUCUAUAAUAACGCAAACAAGUUCUAUCAAAAAUGCUGAUUCUGCUAAAUCAGAAAUAAUAGAAGAUGUUAAACCUGGAACGAGUCAAUCAAAAGUUGCUAAAAUGCUUACAUUCCGUAUUAAUCAUUUAAACAAGAUAUAUAAAAUAGAUAUAUCUGAAUUAUCUACUGUAGGUGAACUUAAGCAAUCUAUAUGGGAACAAACAAAUGUUACACCGUGUCAGCAACAAAUACGCGGAUGGAAGAAGGAACCCAACACGAAUAAUACUGUUCUUCAAACUUUAGAAUUACCAACAGAAAAUACAUUGUUUGUGACAUCUGUAUCGAAAAAUUGGGAUUUAACAGACGAUAUUGUAUGUUUGUCGGAUCGUAUCACAUUAACUUAUACUCUAAACAUCAAAGAUGAAAUACACAAUAAAUCAUACAAAUUAAAAUUUCCUGGAACACAUACAAUAUUGGAUGUUAAAACAAGUGUAUAUUCAUUGAUUGAUGUUCCUGUUCGACAUCAACAAUGGAAAGGCUGGCCCACGUCAUUGAAAGAUGAUAAUGUAAUGUUGGCUCAAAGUGGUGUACAUUAUCCAGAACAUGAUUUAUCAGUUAGUAAGCUUCCUUCUAAAGAAGAGAAAAAGGAUGUUGUAGAAUUAAUUGACAGUGAUAGUUCUAUAGAUGAACCGGAAGACAUAGAAGAAUUUGAUGUUCCUGAAUCAUUUAAUGUUGAGGAUGAUAUUUUUAUAGAUAAUAUCACGUCUACCAAGAUACAACGUCUUAUGCCGGAAAAUGUAGAAGAUGAAAUAAUGGGUACACUACACUUUGCGGAACAGUAUGAAAAACGUUAUGGUCGUAAUCAUCCAGAAUUUUUUACUGGCACUUUUGAAGAUGCUAUUAAAGAGUCAUGUUUAAAACCUGCGAAGGAGAGAAAAUUAUUAGCCGUAUAUUUACAUCACGAUAACAGUGUCCUAGCAAAUGUAUUUUGCACAGAAUUACUAGGCUUUGAAACGGUGCUUCAAUUACUUUCUGCAAAUUUUAUUGUUUGGGGUUGGGAUAUCACGUAUGAAUCUAACAAACAAAAAUUUUUGACAUCAGUUAAUCAAACACUUGGAUCUGUUGCUGCAUUAACUGUUAGAAAUAUUGACGUUGAUACUUUACCAGCACUUAUGAUAAUAAUGAGAUCUAGAUCGAAUACUGAAAUAUUUACCAUUGUACAUGGUAAUGUGGGAGUUAAUGAAUUACUUACUAAUUUAAUUCAAGCAGUUGAUGUUUUUCAGGAACAAAGGCGUACAGAUAUUGGUGUAGAAGAAGAAAGACAAGCUAGAGAAAAAGUUAAACAGGAACAGGAUAAAGCUUAUCAAGAGAGUUUAGCUGCAGAUAGAGCAAAAGAAGAAGCUAAACAAAUGCAAGAAGAGAUUGAGAAAAGACGAAAGGAACAGGCAGAAAAUGAGAGGCUAGCUGAAGAAGCAAGGAAGGAAGCUCAUAGACAGGCAAUAGAAUCUAGUUUACCUCCCGAACCUUUACAAAAUGCAGGCGAUGGUGUUCUCAAAGUAAGAGUACGACUUCCAGCUGGCAAAUACCUUGAACGUAGAUUUCAGCCAGAUACGCCACUUCAAACACUCCUUAAUUUUUUAAUCGUCGAAGGUUAUCCCACGGAAGAAUAUAAAGUUCUUUCUAGUUGGCCCCGAAGGGAUUUAACAUCAAUGGAUUCUAAAAUGACGUUAAUGGAACUAAAGUUUUGUCCACAAGAAACAGUAAUAUUAGAGGAACGAUAAAUUAUUUGUUAUAAUUAAAUUAAAGUGUAGAGAUGUUAAACA